AUGGCCGCAAUGAAUAACUCACGUCUAAAGGAAACUAUUAAAACUAUCUUCCGAAAGAAACUUUUUGCCGCCCGGCGCUUAGCGCGGUUAGCCCAACACUCCUCUACCUUGUAUAACCCUUUCUCAAGACCGAUCGCUAAUUUCUCUAUCUCUCGUUCUUUCUUCCCAUAUCUCGACUCAAAUCGACAUUCACUAAAAGAAUCGCAUCCUCUCUAUUAUAAUCGGCAGAUUGCAUGGGCUGCGAUGGUGGUUUGUGUCGGUAUAAGGUGGUUUGCGGUUGAAGACUGUAAAAAGAUUUUAGAAGGUGAAAAUGGUGAAGGUGGUGGGUCCGAUGGUAGUAUAAGGUGGAAUGGAGUUGAAUGGUGGUCACGGUGGUGGAAUAUGGUGGUGACAGAGAAGGGUGAAAGAGAUGGAGGUUGGUGUGGAGAUGAUGAUAGGUUGCGUUGGGUGAUGGUUCAAGAUUGGUCUGGUUCACGGUUGAUUAGGGAGGUGGUGUUGAAGGUGGUUUAUAAGGUGGAGAAGGGUGGCUGUAGAGGUAGUUGUCAAAGAUGA